UACUACAAUGCAGGUAGUUUUUUAGCUUUAUCUUCUUUCUUUUCUAUCCACCAUUUCUGUAUACAUGACCCUUUUCGGUGUGUGUGGUGAUUGUAGUUGAUUUCUAUGGCAUAAGUAGGACACACAUUAAAUAGCGACCUCUUAAAUUCUGAUGUUGAUUAUGAAAAUUUGAAACCACCUGUUAUGGAUAGUCUGGAUGCCUUACUAGCUAAGAAAAAGCGUCCAAAAAGUGAUCCUGAAACUAAUGGUAGUCCUGCAGUUGAAAUAGAAAACUCGGAUCCUGAUGUUAUGGGGCCUCAAAAGGUGGACACAGAUAUGCUAGAAGAGCCACUUGAAGCUAAAAGUUCAACACCACUUCUUGUUUUCUGUGUAGAAGAUGGAAAUGUAAUCUUACGAUUUUCAGAAAUAUUCGCUAUUCAUGAGCCUUUAAAGAAAGCUGUAAAGAGGGAACGAUGGUUUUCUAUUCCAAAAGUUAUUCAUUUCAUUAUAUCCAAAAAUUUGAAGAAAUCAUUUGUACCUAAAACACAAGUAUGCUUUGAUAUCUGUUGUUAACCUGUAACUAUGUAUUCAUCAUGUGGGACCCGUGUUAUGUAAUAUUUAUAUUUAUAUUAUAUAGUUUUAGUGACUGAUGUUCAUGUGGUGGGGUGGCAGGAUGAAAUGUUUCCUUACAGGAAAAACUUUUCUGGAAAGAUGAAGCCCAAAAGAUCUUGAACAAGUUGGUGGUUUGCUAAAUAAGAAGCUUAGAAUUUUGAAUGGUGGAAUGAAUAUUAUGAAGGUUGGAAAUACAAAGAAAAAUGCAAGAGAGAGUUUUGCAUAUGGAGCUUGUGGUCAGGUAUGCUCUACAAAUGUUAUGCCUAGCUUUUUCCUUUUUAACAUAAAAUACAAAGGUCAAGUAUGGUCUAGAUAUGUUGUGAUGUGAUGAUUUUAUGGUUUGAUUCAUCAGUUUGGUCACAUGAAAACCAACAAACACUGCCCCAAUUACAAAGAAAAUUCCAACAUCAAAACACUUUAAACAAAAAUGUAUAUAAAUUUGACUGUGUGUAUUGCUUGAUAUAGUAACCAAUUCCUUCAGCAAGCCAAAGAACAAAGAUCAGUUACUCCAAAGACUCAGAUCAGAUGUGUCGCCAAGAACCUCGUGUUCUUUUGUCUGACUACCCAUGUGACCCAUUGGAGGAAGCUCAAGGUUCUUUACUUCUCUUACACUGUAAUAAUCACACUUAUUUUGUAGUUAUGUUUUUUUUGCAGGCAAUAUAGAAACUGUGAGCAAGUUCAUAGGUUUAGAGUCCUUAAGUGGUGUUAUUAAGGAAGAGUGGAGACAAGUGAGGCACACAUUUAAAAAAAUCAGCACAAAUCUUGUUCACAGUGAGGCACACAUUAGGUUAUUAGAACUAUUAGCUUGUAAAUUUAUGUUACAACUUCUAUUGAUUUGUUUUAUUUUUCUGUAUAUGGAACGAUUAUUUGUAUGACAUUAAAUUUUAUGUAAUGGAUUG